AGUGAAAGUGGCUGGGUUCGAGGCUUUCACUUGGGGCUUGGUUGGCGAUGGGCGAAAGUGUGGAUUUACGAUGCUUUCGCCGCAUGCGCUUAGCAUCGGCAGGGCAGGUUUACCGACUGUGCUGAAGCACUCCUGACCCUUAGGAGAAGAACAAUAACUGCUUUCGGUGUUUUCGCACAUCCAUGUCUUCCCUGGAAGCCCUGCGAACGGGGGCUGCCUACCUCAAUGGUGGCUGAUUGGUCGCCCGCGGCCGCCGCAAGAUGCACCCGUCGAGCGAGGCGAGCAGCGACACGGAGGAAGUGGCGCGGCUCUUCCCCAAGUGCCGCGGGCGAGGCCACUCCCAGGAGGAGGACGACGACAGCCUGAACAACAACCACCCCAUGGAGGACGGGUCGGUGGUGAGCGCCUACGACACGCCCUCGCGCAUCGAGAUCGCGGGGGGCCGGGAGAUCUUCUGCAAGAGCCGCACCCGGCCCAAGCGCCGCCAGCGCGACUCGUGGGGCGCGGACAGCGACGAGUCGCCCUUGGUCUACGAGGACCCAGUGUGCGGCACCGCCGAGGUGGUCUACGACGACAUCGACGACCGCAGUAACGGGCCCCGGCUCAUCGGCAACUUGCCCAUCGCCCAGUACGAGGGGUCGCCACGGAGAUACGGUCCUCGGCCCGGCUAUCCACAGCGCGUAGCCGCCGAUGAUGCCGCGGCAGAAGAGGACGACAACGCGCUUUGCGGGAGUUCGUACGUGGGCCAGCGUCUUGCUGGAGCCACGCCCAGCCCCCGAACCCCCCCGAGCCCACGGCCGGCCAGUCCGCAGCCCGGAACCCCGUCUGCCAUCAGCCCCGAACCCGCAAGCCCCGAGCCAAUGGGGCCGCGGCACUUCUCCCCGCGACCGCGGAGCAACAGCAGCACGGAGACAGGGGAGCAGAUGGACGAGCAGACGAGGAACUUGACCCUGUCUCCGGACGGGACGGAUUGCGAGUCGGCUAGCGAGGCCAUGUCGUUGGCCGGGUCGGCCGAAGCACCGCUCGCGAUGCCCGUAUUGGAGGACGGGCUGUCGAGCGGGCACCUGUCGGAGACGGAGGGCUCCGUGGGGGGCGGAGCGCCCGCGCAGGAUGACGUCGUGUCGGACGCGAUCCGGGAGAUCCAGCAGGCGAUUCAGCACAGCAAGCGGCUGGCGCUCAAAAGCUGUGGCCCGGCGGAGCGGGGCGACGCACCACCAGUAUGGGUGCCGAGGCUCUCCCAAUCUGGCAGGGAGGACCAACCACCCGAAGAGGACUGCGACACAGAUCAGGAAACUGACCGCCUGCUCGGUGCUCAGAGGUCGGACGACCGGGGCUUUUUCGAGGACAAGGCCCAGAAUUCCUCGGGAAAAAAGAAAAACACCUCGAAAGAAGUGUUGGUGCACGAACCGGCAGUGCUCAUCGAAGGGGUGCUCUUCCGUGCUCGCUACCUGGGAUCCACCCAGCUGGUGUGCGAGGGUCAACCUACCAAGGCCACCCGGAUGAUCCAGGCAGAAGAGGCGGUCUCUCGCAUCAAGGCACCGGAAGGGGAAGCCCAGCCCAGCACCGAAGUGGACUUGUUCAUCUCGACAGAGAAGAUCAUGGUGCUCAACACUGACCUCAAGGAGAUAAUGAUGGACCACGCCCUGCGGAGCAUAUCCUACAUAGCAGACAUUGGGGACCUGGUGGUGCUGAUGGCGAGGAGAAGGACCCUGGAGGACGACCCAGGAGGGGGCAAGCUCCGCCGUACCCCCAAGAUGAUCUGCCACGUCUUCGAGUCCGAGGAGGCACAGUUUAUCGCCCAGUCCAUAGGACAAGCCUUCCAGGUGGCGUACAUGGAGUUCCUGAAGGCGAAUGGCAUCGAGGACUCCUCGUUUGUGAAGGAGAUGGACUACCAGGAGGUGCUCAACAGCCAGGAGAUCUUUGGCAACGAGUUGGAAAUGUUUGCCAAGAAGGAGCGGCAGAAGGAGGUGGUGGUGCCCAAGCAGAAAGGCGAGAUCCUUGGCAUGGUCAUCGUGGAGAGCGGCUGGGGCUCCAUGCUGCCCACGGUAGUGGUGGCCAACAUGGCCCACAACGGGCCGGCCGCCCGCUGCUCCCAGCUGAACAUCGGGGACCAGAUCAUUGCCAUCAACGGGGUCAGCCUAGUAGGGCUGCCCCUGUCCACCUGCCAGGCGUAUGUGAAGAACACCAAGCACCAGAACGUGGUCAAGCUCACUGUGGUGCCCUGCGCACCCGUCGUGGAGGUGAAGAUCAAGCGGCCAGACACCAAGUACCAGCUGGGCUUCAGCGUGCAGAACGGCGUCAUCUGCAGCCUGCUGCGCGGAGGCAUAGCAGAGCGGGGAGGCGUGCGCGUUGGGCACCGCAUCAUCGAGAUCAACGGACAGAGCGUGGUUGCAGUCCCUCACGAGAAGAUUGUCAACCUCUUGGCCACCUCCGUCGGGGAGAUCCACAUGAAGACGAUGCCCACGUCGAUGUUCCGGCUGCUGACAGGCCAGGAGACCCCCAUGUACAUCUGAGGAAGGAGCGCCGUGCGUGUGUGUGUGCGUGACGUCCCCCUUCCCCCUGCCGCGGCAGCAGCAGCAGCGUCAUCUUAGUCCCCAAAUCUAGUCGCGACCUUUCUCUCUCGCCGAAACGGACGCUCUGGACUGAUCUUUACUCUUGCCAAUCCGCAACAAUGCACGGGCGGGCUGCAAACGCCCACCGCGCGUCAGAAAACCGCGCGACGCCUUGAACGGCGGCGACGCAGGUCGACGAGUCCCCCGCUCCCUCCCCCCAUCGCGAAGCUCACCGCACUCACUCAAGCCCUUUCCGCUCGGAAAGACCCGCGGCGCUUCGGGUUGCAAGUCACCGCCGCUUCGCGCGAGGGUGUCGAUCGACACGGUACCGACACCGGCCGUGGAACCUAUAGAGUUGCCGGUACUGUGAAGUUGUACGGACGCGGUUGUCGCACAUUUUACGCGCGAUGCGAUCGCGUUCGUUUUCCCAACUCCUUUUCGUUGGAACCGGCACAGCUUCCGGACGGGUCGCACCUUACCUUGUCGGGUCUUCUGCGGGGGCCUCGCACCUCACCUGCCGACAAGCGGAAACGUCACGUGCACUUUGGGAAUGCUGCAACCUCGAUAGACCGGCGUCACUUGCCUGAACUGCGGUCGACGAGACGUUGCACGCCCGCGGAGCGGGGGCGACAUGGACCAAGAGAUUCAAUUUUUACAUCCGCCUACGUGGACAGUGGCCAUGUUUGAUAUCGGAACGGCGACAACUUACGUGUGAACAGCAAGUGGACAACAAAUGCAUUCUAGGCCCGAAGUUUAUUUAUAAGUGGCGUCUGCCCCCAUCUUCCCUUUCCUCCCUCUCCAGAAACAAAAAAAAAAAAAAAAGUUUUAUUGAUAUCUUUUUUUUAUGAGUCAGUCAUAGUUCCUAACAGAGCUUCUUUGCAUUAAGAAAAAGAAAAUAAUUAAACUAAAUGCGCGUUUACCCCAGGAAGAAAAGAAAAAUGACCCGCGCCGAUAACGACGAUAAUAAAGUGAUGCUCGUGAUGUCAGA